AUGCCUUCGCAAUACGGCUCAACCAGCAGACCGUCGCUGAUAAACCCCACGCGCAGGCUGGGCGACCCUUCGCAGACGAUGAACAAGGAUAGGGAGGAUGAGGCUCGGUUGCUUCCAGGAGCGACUUUUCGGCCCCAGGGUGCAUUCGAGAUAAGACCCGGAGCUAUCCGAGCAAUGAGGAAAAAGCCCGGUGCUUCUGCGGCAUUUCAGCCCACCGAUAGGAUAUCUAAUGCGCGCCAGAGCGGACCAAUCCGCGCGUCAGGAAAGACCAAAAAUGGCGACGCAUUCGUCAACAGGACCUACCGGCGAUUAGAAGAUGCACAUGACUUUCAGGAUUCUGACCGACCGAAUAAGCGGCGGCGCCAUGAUGGUUCGAGACAAGUUGAUCUUACGCAUGAGGAUCAGGCUGGCUCGGUCACUUCUGAGGUCUCGGCUUCUGGGCGUCGAUCAUCCCGACUUUCUCCAGACUCGAAUUUGUCCACAUCGAACCCUAGGAAUAGGGCCCGUGCGGCCUUUGUUUCUGAAUAUAGGGGGGUGGAAGCCAUGCUCGAACGGACACACCACCCUCACCCGAGAGAUCGUCGGACCUCGAACGCUAGCUCUGCGGACGAGUUAUUCACCUGGGAAGCUGCUGCGCAGCGGCGCUCUUCGGGAUCCGCUGUGGAACAUGCCGAUAAAAAACACACACAACCCCCUCUUAACUCGCCUACACUAAAGCGCACCUCGCUCGGGACUAUCGAGAUUCCAGAUCCCGAAGAGAAUCAUGCCGAGGAAGCCCGCCUUCAAAAUGACACGCAAGCCUUGACUCCAUCGAAAAGACCGCCAGCUGCUUCUGACCCCGGUGACAGCCCGGAUGAACUACAGGGCGAGGUGACGACUCGCCCGCCUCCAAAGCACCUUUCAAAGAAAAAUCUCCAGAAACGCCGUCAGCAAACCCAAGAGGACACUGUGCCGUCUCCCCCUCGCAAACGCUCACCGUCUGACAUUGAGCCGACCCGGUUCGACUCACCACGCAAAAAGAAAAAGCCAAAGCGUGGGCAGCAAACUCCGGAAUACCGCAAUCUUUCCAUCCAGUCUAUUCGUUUUGGUUCUAUUCAUAAGCUCGUGGGAGAAGGAGAAAAAGCUGUUAUACAUCUGUGCCCUGAUAGAGUUUUGCUGGGAAAAGCCAUCACUGGUGACAGACUGGAAGAGGUUCUUUUCCGCCAUGUGAGAGUCACUUACCAGGCAGAGAACAGCAAGAAAGUGCGAUUACAGUUGAAUGGCUACCAGGGAGCCCCGGGCUCUAAAUUCGACAUUGAUUUCACAUUGAGGAGCAGCAAGGACGCUUUACUUGAUCAAAUACGAGAAGGCGGUGGCAAGGUUGUCGACAAGGAGCCGAAAUGGCUCGACAACGCUUUUUCUACAUAUGACCAUGAAAUGUGCCAGCGUGUGAUCACAGCCAGGUCUCCCUUGCAAGAAAUUACCGAACCGGAGCCAACAUCGCCGGCAUCCACCUCUGUUCAUCAGCUGAAAGGCAAAAAACUCUCUGCGCUGCUGGAAGGCUCUGCCAGCGAGUCCGAUGGGCAAGGCCAGGAUCCAAAUAAGGGUAAACCCCAGGAGGGUUCCAAGCCCAUGAGCAGCGUCGAACUGGCACGAGAAACAACAAAGGACAAGCCGAAAACAAAGGAAGUGGAAGUCGAAAUUCCGGUGAAGAAGUUCAACCCCGAAGAAUCUGGCGAAAUCGAGACGCGGCGGUCAACAAGAAACACGACGCGACGGAAGGAGAAACUGGAUGAUGAUGGCCCGUCUACGAAUAAAACCGAUACCGCCCUGAAGAAUGACACAUUCCGAAAGAACUGGAAGAAGCCCUUGGUUUACCCCAAGGUUGGAAAGAAGAAAGAAGAGGUCAGCGUCGACGACCGUGACCGACUGCGCGAGAACGAAUUCCUGAAUGAUAACUUGAUCGCCUUCUACAUUCGCUUCUUGCAAGAUCAUAUCGAGCGUACUAAUCCUGACGUCGCGAAAAGGGUAUACUUUUUCAACACGUACUUCUUCGCCACGCUCACGAACAAGGGCUCUCGCGAGAUCAAUUACGAAGGUGUUGAAAAGUGGACGAGGGCCGUUGAUCUCUUCAAUUACGACUAUAUCGUUGUCCCCAUCAAUCAGAAUGCGCAUUGGUAUGUCGCUAUCAUUUGCAACCUGCCCAGUCUGGGACUGGAUCCUGCAAAGAGCUCGGGGGCUGCCUCUGCGCCCCUCAGUGACAAGGAAUCUCUACCUCGACCAGCAAAGGAAGUGCAGGAGAUUCUUGAAUCACCCGAGCCUGAAACAGUGCCUUCCUCAGCCAGACUUUCCGAAGAAGCCCCAACGAAGGAACAAAAACCAGAUUCCGUGUUUCCCCCGUCGGAAGAGACCCGGAAAUCCUUUGCGUCUAUGACUCUUCUAGAAAGGAAGAAUGCGCUCGCCCAGGCAGGGGUUCAGCAGAGUCUGCCUUCAAGAGCCGAAGCCGGACUAGAUCCCGAAGAAGCCCCUGCUUCCCAGGCUGCGACGCAGAUCGCCGGCCAGGAGGGCUCCGCCUCUGGGCAGGCUGGCAAGGCCAAGCCCAAAAAGAAGCGAGGCGGAUUAAAGUUGGAACCUGACCAGACGGCCAUCGUCACAUUUGACUCUCUCGAUGCCAACCGUUCGCCCACGGUAAAGGCCCUACGCGAGUAUAUCUGCAAAGAGGCGGACUCGAAGCGAAAGGUGGAGAUCAAGAGCCCGUCAACGGUGAUCAAGGGCAUGCGUGCGCAGAAUAUUCCCUUGCAGCCUAACUAUUCAGACUGCGGACUGUAUCUGCUGGCAUACAUGGAGAGAUUUGUGCGCAGCCCUGAUGAGUUUAUUACCAAGGUUCUGCAACGAGAGAUGAACGUGGAUGAAGACUGGCCUCCACUCGGCUCUGGGCUUCUUCGUUUACGCAUGAGGAAUUUCCUUGAUCAGUUGUAUCAGGAGCAGUGGAGUGAUACGAAGGAGGGCCUCAUGGUGGAUCGACAGCCUAUCUCGUUCUUGCUGGGGCCGCCCAGGGUACCUCGGGAGGACGACGGUAAAGAGGCCAAGAAGGUUGAGAAGGAAGAGCCUGCUCCCUCUCCGAAGGUGAAAGAGAAUGCCGGAGAGGGACAAGCGCAUGACCAGUCUCUACAAGAGGUUGAGGCAAGCGACAACGAGGCCACGGACAUGCCUGUCUUGGUGCCCACGGCCGCAAUGCCCGUUCAAAAACCAGCCAAGCAGACGGUCAAGCCAUCUACACCUGAACCAGCUCGAUCCCGUCUUCCACUCACUGAGCUAGAAGUUGAAGAGAUACCUGACAGCCAGGAGAUGGCUGCUCCUCCGAUCCCAGAACCAAAGCCCGGCCGCGCGGAGAAGAAUAAAUUCAAACAGGCCAAGGAUUAUUUUCCCAGCAACAGACGUGAGCGCAAUGGGCCCACGACUCCCGACAACACUACUGCACGAGACCUCGAUCUGGCCCCUGAGGAGCCGGCCUCAUUCCCACGAGUUGAAAUUCAAGUCCCGCAAACACCUCCACGAAAGAACUUGAAGCAACCGCGACAGAGCCCACGACAGAGCCCACGGGGCCUGACUCGCAAGGUUUGA